AUUUGGGUACUGCGUGGCACCAAAAUCGAAUUGCGAUUCCAGCACGUCCACGUCGCUGACACGUGGGCUGCCGAACGACGCUGCCCCGAGAGGGAAACGGCGAGUCGUCGCGCGUCCCCUCCUCCUUUCUUCAAGCUCCGUGCGUCGUUUUUGGGUAUAAUUUCUCUCUCUGCUCGAACUUCAUCUUCCUCACCCGAGAGAGAAAGUCCGUCCUUGCUUUGGAUCGCGAUGGCCAUCGUCAAUCUGGGCCGCCGACUCUCCGCCUCCCUCGCGGAUCUCUCCGCCCCGAAGCUGGCCCUCGCGCGCGCCGUACCCGAGCCGCCGGCCCGCUCCGUCGCCGGCUCCGCGGCGGCCCGGCUGUUCGGCUCGUCGACGGAGCAACCGCCCCGAGGAGGAGGAAACAACCCUAGCGGGAGGGGGCAGCCGCGGGAGGACGCGGCGAAGGGGAUCCGGCAGCAACAGGAAGAGGAAGAACCGCGCGGAGAAGGAGAAGAAGAAGAAGAAGAAGAAGACGACGACGGGUACAUGAACAGGAAGACGGGCGAGAUCGGUGGGCCCAGGGGCCCCGAACCGACCCGCUACGGCGAUUGGGAGCGAAACGGUCGCUGCUCCGAUUUCUGAGAUUCCCCCCUUUUUGUUUCCGGUAGGGUUAUCUGUCUCGUUGUUCUUGUUUUCCCCCCGGUUUUAAUGAUCGAUGGAUUUGUGCUGCGAUUUCGUCGAAA